GAAAUGGCGCAGAAAGGAGUUCAGCUGGACCAGGAAACCUUCUCCUGUUCGAUCUGUCUGGAUCUACUGAAGGAUCCGGUGGCUGUUCCCUGUGGACACAUCUACUGCAUGAACUGUAUUAAAAGCUUCUGGGAUGAAGAGGAUGAGAAGAAAAUCCACAGCUGCCCUCAGUGUAGGCAGACCUUCACACCGAAACCUGUCCUGGUGACAGUCUCAGCUGCUGCAGAAAGGACUGAGAGGCAGAUAGAGCUGGAUCUGAGUCGACAACAAAUCCAGCAGAGAAUCCAGGACAGAGAGAGAGAUGUGAAGGUGCUUCAACGACAGGUGGAGAAAAUUAAUCACUCUGCUGAUAAAGCAGUGGAGGACAGUGAGAAGAUCUUCACUGAGCUGAUCUGUCUCAUCGAGAAAAGAAGCUCUGAUGUGAAGCAGCGGAUCAGAUCCCAGCAGAAAACUGAAGUGAGUCGAGUCAAAGAGUUUCAGGAGAAGCUGGAGCAGGAGAUCAAUGAGCUGAAGAGGAAAGAAGCUGAGCUGAAGCAGCUCUCACACAUAGAUGAUCACAACCAGUUUCUACGCAACUACCCCUCAUUGUCAGGACUCAGUCAAUCUACAGACUCAUCCAGCAUCAAUAUCCGUCCUCUGAGGUACUUUGAAGAUGUGACAGCAGCUGUGUCAGAGGUCAGAGAUAAACUACAGGACAUUCUGACUGAGAAAUGGAUGAAGAUCUCAUUGACAGAGGCUGAGAUGGGUGUUCCUCCAUCACAUCCACAACCAGAGCCCAAGACCAGAGCCGGAUUCUUACAGUAUUCAAGUAAAACCACACUGGACCCAAACACAGUAAACACACAGCUGUCAUUAUCUGAAGGGAACAGAAGAGCAACAUUAAUGAGAGAAGAACAGUCUUAUUCCAGUCACCCAGACAGAUUCAUUAGAUGGCGUCAGGUCCUGAGUAAAGAGAGUCUGACUGGACGUUGUUACUGGGAGGUGGAGUGGAGCAGGAAAAGAGUUACAGUAGCAGUGGCAUACAAGAAUAUCAGCAGGUCAGGGUCCAUGAAUGAGUGUGCGUUUGGAUUCAAUGACAAUUCUUGGGCAUUAGAGUGUAACUGCAGCAGUAGUUAUAAAUUCAGACAUAACAGCAUCAAGACUCCAGUCUCAGGUCCUUGGUCCUCCAGAGUAGGAGUGUAUCUGGAUCACAGUGCAGGUAUUCUGUCCUUCUACAGUGUCUCAGAAACCAUGACUCUACUCCACAGAGUCCAGACCACAUUCACUCAGCCUCUCUAUGCUGGACUGUGGUUUAGUGGAUAUAAUGGAGCCACUGCUGAGUUCUGUGAACUGAAGUAGACGAUAUAUAUUGAAGAGGUAGGCUGUUAAGAGGAGGACAUCUUUUUUUUGUUUUGGAUUUUCAUGUUUUUCUCAUGUUAUCCCCAACAAACCCAAACUUUGACAUGAUUGUCUUGUGAAAGAGCUUCCAGGCAGUUUCUUUAUCUGUAAAUGCUUGUCAGUGGUACUAUAAACUAUUCCAGGACAUUGUAUAUGAGCUCAAAUAGUGACUGAUGUUAAAAUGCCGGCUUUCUUGUGGUUCGUCUGCACCGUCCUGCACUUCUGCAUCAUCACCACUCCUCUAUUAAUUGCAGGGUCACAACAUAGCCAGUAGGGGAAGUAUUCAGAUCCUUUACUUAAGUAAGGGUACCAAUCAAUUUGUGUAAAAUACCCUAUUACAAGUAGAAACCUUACUAACCUUCAUUCAAAAUCCUAUUUAAGUAAAAGUUAAGGACUAUUAUCAGAAAAGUGUUCUAAAUCUAUCAGAAAUACUAAUUUUGCAGAAAAAUGCCCUCUGUGACUGAUAUUAGAAAGUGAAUACUGAUGCAUCAGUGCAGUAUUUUACCACUGUAUCUCUUUGAGGUGGUGCUGAUUUCACCUACUUAUAUACUUAUACAUAUAUACAGUUACAUAUUCAGUGGUUCUCGACCCCUCCAAAGGGUCACAAGAUAACAUGGGAGAGAAAAGAGGAAAAAGGAAACUUCUGCUAUACAGAUUUGUAUUCAUUUUUGGAGCAGUUCUGUAAUCUUUGCUGUUUUUUUUUUCUUUUUGUGAAGCACUGGAUAAUUGUAGCUGUUGGGGGCUUAAAUGGUUAUUUAAAUGAAACCAUGUGAGAAGUUUUGAGGGGAAAUGUGUCUUUGGUGAAACUGCUAAUGACUAAUUUACAUCCGAAACAUGACGAAGAGCCACAACUGUGUUUUUGUGUGGGGCCAUAAGCCAAAAAGGUUGAGAAGUAGUCGGCUCAUCCUUAAAACUAUAUUGUAUUUAAUAAAGUCAUUGUGUUUUUUUUAAUGUAAAUCUUAAUCUGAAAAGUAUCCAAUUACAACAGCUGUCAGAUAAAUGCAUAUAAUAUUAUAAUA